GAGCAUCUAGGUGCAUGCCGCAAACGUAUACUGGCUAGGCCUACGUCUGCUCAGGGAACCUAUGGUAUCCUGUCUUAGGCUUGCGAUGCCCAGAACGCAUUGGCAGCAUUGCUGUCAAUGCUUUUUCUUUGCGACAUGUGAUUCUCUAAGAAAGGUUGAGAUUCCACAGUAGUAUUAUCAUUGUAUACAGCUCCCAUGCGGUGUUACCUUCUGAGCAUCCUACCUGUGGUUUCUACGCCUUUCACCUAAGAUGACAUUGGAAAAGGGAAAGGGCUAUGGACAGGACCAGAUACAACAGACAUUGCAGGAUAAGGCCAGGACGAGGCUAAAUAGCCCAGCGCCCCACCAGGCUCCGCAACGUGAGCGUGUUAGUCGCUCUAGCGUGCCCAACAGCCGGGGCGUGCCUACCCGUCGUCCAACUUCACGACGAUGGAAGUCCCUUAUCAGGCCGGAUGUGAACAUGGGCGUGCCGCAGCUUAUGAUGAUACUGGAGCCCAAUAUCGUCUGGGAGCACAUCAAGGCGUUCGUGCCAGCUGUCGGCAAGGAGGUGGAGGCCAGCGUCACUCCGGGGGAGUUCUUCGAGGGCUGGCACAAGGGAGGCCGCAUGGCUCAUGGCGUGUACGAGGGCAGCUACUGGGAGCUCAUGGGGGACUGUGACGAGCUGGCGGACAUGCUCCGCAAGAUGAGCAAAGCGCCAGCGCUUCAGGACGAGCCCACCCUGGAGCUCCCGCCGCCGCCGGAGUUGCCGUCUUGGGAUGACUUCAAGCCCAACCUGCAUCUGAUCCCUGCCCCACCAACCAUGCCACCCCUGAAGCUGCCUCCCUUUCGGGCGCCCAUUUUGGAGACGGAGGUGCCGUUUGUGGAGCCGGACUAUCUUCCUGUGCCUAACGUACCGCCAGCACCUAAGGAGGAGCCGCCCCCGGUCUUCAUUCCGCCGGAGUUCCUGCAGCUGGAUCCGCUGCAGGAGCCGCAGUACAUCGACCCCGCACCGCCGGUGCUGUCCGAGCAGCCGCGCCCACCCGCCUUUGGCCAGCCCAAGCACGGGCAUGACUGGUCGGGGUUGCGGCCCUUCCAGCUCGAUAUGCCGGAACGGGAUGCCUUCAUGCGCGAAGCAGCUGCGCAGCGCGUCAUGGACACGUCCCGCUGGGUGCACCCGCCCAUGCACCUGCCGCCGCUGCCGGAUCUGGAGCCCCUAGACCAGGACUUGCUCAGGGGCUUGGAGCUGGAGCCCAUUCCGAAGCUGGAGCUUGCUUGGAUGGGCGGCCCAGAGCCGGAGCCGCUUUACGCGUCCAUGCCCUCCACACCAGCCGCCCUCUCCCGACACUCCUCCAGGACUCCCUCACGGCCUACCUCGGCCCUAACGCCAGCACAGCAGGAAAGCGUAACCCAGUUUCAGGCGUCCCCCGUCAAAUCCUCACCCUCGCGCCCUACCUCAGCCUUGCCGCCGGCGUUGCAGCCGCAGGAAAGCGCACAGGCGUCCCCCGUGAAAGCCUCGCCCUCGCGCCCUGCUUCAGCGCUAGUGCCGACGGCGCAGGCGAGCAUGGCCGCGUCAAGCGGCUCAGGGAGGAGAACCACCACCUCACGCCCCACGUCAGCGCUGCCAGCAGCACAGGAAAGCCUGGGGGCGUCAAGCACCUCUGGAACAAGGUCCGUCACCAUAAUGCAGACGCCAGACGCAGCCACCCCAGAGCCGGUGGAUGAGGGGCAGGCAGAGGAGCCGAGUGCCGAGGCGACGCCUGCGCCUGAGGGUGAGGAGGAUGGCGCAGCUAAACAGGCGGAGUCUAGGGCGGAAACGCCUCCUUCUGGGAGGACGUCGGGGUCGGGGCUGCCGCGCAAUAUCUCGGAGACGCCUGUGGCGCAGCGGAAAUCCUUUCGGCGAGGAGCCGUUGCGAGGCAAAGCAGCCGCGUGUCGAUUCCCGUGUCUAGGACGCCUGAGGAGCUGGCGUGGGAGGAGGCGCGGUCCAUAGGCUCAGAUGCCUCUGGCACCCCGCGCAUGUGGCUUAACUUCUCUGCGCCGUUUGCUGACCUGCCGCCAAUCAUGAUGCCUCCACGACCUGAGCCGGGUCCUGAGCCGGCGCCCGCUGACUUCCCUCACGAGCAGCUGGAGGAGCUGCCUGUGUUCCAGGCGCCCACGCCGCAGGACUUCCCGACCUACACGGCGCCGCCGCAGGUGGUGCCGGCGUGGGCGCCGCCCUGCGAGCCGCGUCCGGUGGGCUUCCUGCGGGGUGCCGCACCCGUGGUGAUCUGCGAUGUGUCGGGCACCAUGAACCCGCGGCAGCAGGGGCGCUUCCGGGAGAUGAAGCGGUGCGCCAUGGAGUUUCUGGACCCGGAAGGCGAAAUCGCAACGGCCGCUGCUGGCUUCGAUGUGAUCACCUUUGCGGGCGGGGCCUGGAGCUGGAGCCUGGGGUACGGCGAGCGCAUGGGGCUGCUGCAGAGCAGCCAGGUGCUGUACAGCGGCCGCCAGGUUGGAGGGCGAUACAGCAACAAGACCCCACACAGCGGAGGCGGCGCCUCCCGGUCAACGUCACCCGAGCGGCAGGGCGCCAGCAGCGGCGGUGGCGGCACUAGCUUUGGCGGGCUAGCACUCAUGCCCACGCAGCCGGACCUGCUGUCGGAUGCGCAGCGUUGGAUUGCGAACUGGCCGGACGCGGUGGGUCAGACCUGCCUGCUCAAGGCCUUCAACCUAGCGGAACAGCACCAGGGCGCGGACUGCUGGUACAUCCUGUCAGACGGCUUGGCGCAUGACCAAAAUGCGUGCCUUGAGUUCCUGAACACCCGGGCGGCUGCUGGCCUGCCGCUGCCCGUCAUCCACGCUGUCGGCUUCAUUCCGCCGGAUGCCAACCCGGACAGCUCCGGUGAGCGCUUCCUGCGUGGCUUGGCGGAGCUGACCGGCGGCUCCUACCAGCGCUACACGCCGGACGUGGCCAAGGUAUGGCAACCCGGGCAGGGCUUUGUGCGUGUGGACCUGCGCAGCGAGACGCCGGAGCAGCGCGCCGAGCGGCAGUGGGCCGAGCGACAGCUGCGGGCGGAGCGCAUCAAGAACAUCCGGCUGGGCAUUUCUGAGCCGCUGGAGGUCACCAUGGAGCGGGUGGCGGUCAUGCACCGGGAGAUGCGGGUGCUGCCUGCGGUCCGGGCUAAUGACGCGGCGGUGGCGGAGGCGCAGCGGCGGCAUGUGGCGUUGGUUGAGGCCAUCAAGGACGCGAAUCAGAGGGCGCUGGCGGAGGCGCUGGCAGCCCAUGAGCGAGCGGUGGAGGAGGCGCGUCGCCGUAACCAAGAGCGGGUGGACAACGCGCGUGAGGCGUUCCUCCAAGCGCACGCGGAUUGGGAGCAGGAGUACCUGAUCAAGCUGCAGAACUGGGAGGACGCCAAGGCGAUGUUGGAGCGCCAGCGAGACGAGCAGGUGGCCGCCGCACGAGACGCCGCACAGGCAGCUGCGCAGGCGGCAUCACAGCGGCGAAUGAAGAGCCCUGCCUCCCGGCCCACCUCAGCCGCCCUGUACGCGGCGCAACCCAAGAGCGACAACGGCAGCUACUCCUCGCCUCAGAUAGUGGUGUCGGAAGCACGCGCAGCCUUCGCCGCAGCGGAGUACGACCUGGUCAUGGGGCUGGAGAGGCACGCAGACAAGUUGUCGCCGCCUACGUCGCGUCCCUCGUCAGGGACGCAAGUCAGGUCCGCGCGAGGCAGCAGUCUGGGUAUGAACAGCUCCACGGGCGCCCUAACCAGCACGCCUACGGCCGCAGCUGCCUCCGAAACCGCCCCAGUCGCCACCGGAGGUACCCCAACCGCAUCACGCCCUCGGAGCUCCACGUCCAAGCCGUCUGGGGAAGACGGCGCAACGGCGGAUUACCUUCAAGCCAUCGCUGAAGAUCUAGCAGAGGCGUCGGCGCCGGUGGAUUCCAUAUUCACGGGUGGCGGCCAGCAGGGUUCCGGAGCCGUUGCUGAGAUGGAGGGGCUGGAUGAUGACGGGCUGGAUGUACGGCCCUCGUCUUCUCGCCGUUCCGGAGGACUCUCAGGACGGGACCAGAACACUAGCAGCGCGGGAAGGCGGUCUUCGCGGCCCCCCAUGGAUGAGUCUGGGAUUGCCUUCCAGCGGCCGACCAGCGCCCGGGUUCAACCAGGGAUGACACCCCAGCGGCCUCCCAGCGCACGGGUCGAGACUGGGGCGACACCUCCACGACCCAUUAGCGCAAGGCCCGAGGCUGGCUCCACGCCCCAGCGGCCAACCAGCGCAAAGGUUGACCUCGGGAUGUCACCCCAGCGUCCGAUGAGCGCACGGGGCGAGCCUGGGUUAACACCCCAGCGGCCUACCAGUGCUCGUGUCGAGCCUGGGAUGACGCCCCAGCGGCCGACCAGUGCACGGGUGUCGAACAGCCGCCUGUCGGGGCAACAGUCUGCGCGACUGACCGGAGGGCAGUCUUCGGGUAUGGGCAGCAUGCCAUUGUUGCCGGAGGGCUCGCCGAUGCCGCCACCAUUGCCCGAACCCUCGGCGCCGCUGCAGCCGAUGCGCGGAGAGAACAGUGACGACUUCAAGCGCCGCUUCCUGCCGUCCGAGGUGGUCGAGGAGCACGAUGCCAACAACGCGGAGCGGCUGAAGCAGAUCCGCGAGCAGUGGGAGGCCAUUGUGGCAGCCGACCUGGCUGCCGGCCACGGCCGCAAGGUGGCGGCGCUGCACCGCAAUGCCAAGCGCAUGGAGGAGUACAGGCAGGCGGUGUACGACACGUACGCGGUGGGACUGCUGCGGGAUGUGGUGUACGGCGGCGCUGUGGUCGUGGCCACCAACCUCGCCAUCAUGGAUAACGGAGAGGCUCGCUACCAGGCGGAGGUCGCGCGGAUCACCGCUGAGAAUGCGCGACUGCGUGAGAUGCACGCCGCCGAGCUUGAGGAGCGGAAAGCCAAGGAGGAGGCGCACGCGCAGGCGGUAGGGAGAUGGCAGGAGACACGCGAUGCGAUGCUGGCGGCUCACGAGGAGGAACGGGUGCGCGCGCGGAAAGAGCACGAGGAGAACCUCACGCGGUUAAGAGAAGAGUGGCAAGCGAAGAAGCAGCAGAUUGACGAGCUCAACGCGGCGCGGCUUGCGGAGGCUGAGACGAUGCACGCAGCGCUGGUGGAGUCGGUCAAGGAGGCCAACAAGGCCCAUAAAGCGGCGCAUGUGGAGAUGCUGCGACAGCGCAAGGAGAUUGAGAUCACCAACCUUAACAGGCUGGCUGAGGCCAAGACCGCUCAUAAGGUUCGGCUGGAGGCGCGCGCCGCGGACAAUGAGCGGCUGGUCAAACAGGCCAUGGAGGAGCACCAGGCGCUGUGCGUUCGGCUGGGUGAGGAGUAUGAGGAGGCGCGGGUGCAGGCGGAGGCUGACCACUCGGAGCUCUGCACCUUCCUGCGGACUGCCAACGAGCAGCUCACAGAGGAGGCGCGGCGGAGGUACCAGGAGGCGUUGUCGGAGGUGCAGUCCGCGUACGAUAUCGAGUGCGCCGCUGUGCGGGAGGCGCAUGCUCGCGACCUGGACCGCGUUCGGCGGUUUAACCAGGAGAUAUGGCCCAAAGUACACGUGGCGCGCUUGGCGCAGGCGGAGUUGGGACGCGUUCAGGCGUUUGCGGAGCACAUCCGCUACUGCGCCAACAAGUUCGAGCUGGGUGUCAACUUGAUGCCCAACACGCCCAACUACGACCGCGUCGUGGAGAUGCAGGCGCUGACGGAAGCGCUGGCCAAGGCGUUCCCAGACAUGCCGCCCCAGGCCCUGCCCUGGCCUGAACACGAGCGCCGGUUAGAGCCCGGCACCGGCUGGGUGGCUGCCCCGUCUCCCCGACCCCUCACCUACCGUGAUCCCGCGGACAUCAUCACCAAGAUGGCAAAGGGCAAGGUAUCGAGCAACUCGCCGUCAGGGUCGCCCGGCUCCACCACACCUCGCGGCGCCUCAGCAAACAGCCGCCGCUCGCCCUCGGAACGCCAAUCUUCCGCAGGGACGGCGCCGCCAGCGGCGAACACGGACGAGCAGCCCCAACCGCAGCAGCCAGGUGGGCGGCCCGGCAACCGGCCGCUAUCCGCAGGAAGGGCGCGCUUUGCAGGCGUGCUUUCCGCGGAUUCAGGCGUAAGUUUACGGCCGCAUUCUGCUGCUGUCGGCGCAGCCAGUACCGGCAUUGUGGAGGCAUGGGCCACGGCGGUACCCUUGGCCCUGUCGUCCCCUGGGGGUGCGUCGUCGUUUAGGCCUCAGUCUGCCGCCGGCUACAACAACCCGUCUGCCUGGCGCCGGAGCAACACAACAGUCCUGCGCACGGCUUCGCCGCGUGGCUUCACCGCAUCCAAUUUGGGAUCCGCCGCGGCUGCUGUGGCUGCGGCAGCGGCUGCCAACGCAUGCCGACCCGGCGGGUCGGCCCGGCCCUUGACGGCGUUGGGCGCACCGACGCAGCCGGUGCCGGUGACCAACUCCAUGAACUCACCACGACCUAGGAGUGCUGGCUCGGUGCCGCGACCCGCACGUGUUGCGGUGGACAUCGUUCCGCUGCAGGCAAGCAUGGCACGUGCCAAAGCACAAGCCGGUGCUCACAUGCUCACGACGGCAACGUUGGCGGGCUUCUCCAAAGACGUGCCCAAACUGCGGUACCCGGAGGUCGACGUCCAGCAGCCGCUUUCGUUUGCCAAGUGAUCCGGGAUGCAGUUGAUUAAUAAAGCGAGGAGCGGGGGGCGUGCAGGUGUAUCUUGGCUUGUAGAUAUGGUGAUUCCCUGGAAUACGUUUUGAAAGGUGGCACGCCCCUGUGCAUUGACGCAUGCGUUUUUUGUUGUGAUCGGAC